GGGCGCGCAGCUCGGCGGGAGGCGGGCGCCCGGAGACGCGGCUGGGGCCCGCGCGGCCGGGGCGCCGUCCCAGGGCAGGGCUGCCCGGCCCCGGCCCCGGGCCGCCCGCUCUCCCCAUGAAAAACCAGCUCCGCGGCCCCCCAGUGCGGGCGCACAUGUCGGCCUCGGGGGUGUCGGCGGCUGGGGGCACCGGGGCGGGGUCGGAGCCCUGUGUGGGGCCCGGGUCCGGCGCAGGCACCGGAGCAGGCGCGGCGUCGGGCGCGGGGCCCAUGCCCUGCAAGAGUGCCGAGUGGCUGCAGGAAGAGCUGGAGGCGCGCGGCGGCGCGUCUCUGCUGCUGCUCGACUGCCGGCCGCACGAGCUCUUCGAGUCGUCGCACAUCGAGACGGCCAUCAACCUGGCCAUACCCGGCCUCAUGCUGCGCCGCCUGCGUAAAGGCAACCUACCCAUCCGCUCCAUCAUCCCCAACCACGCCGACAAGGAACGCUUCGCCACGCGCUGCAAGGCGGCCACCGUGCUGCUCUACGAUGAGGCCACGGCUGAGUGGCAGCCAGAGCCCGGCGCGCCCGCUUCGGUGCUCGGCCUACUCCUGCAAAAGCUGCGCGACGACGGCUGCCAGGCCUACUACCUCCAAGGUGGUUUCAACAAGUUCCAGACGGAGUACUCAGAGCACUGCGAGACCAACGUGGACAGCUCGCCCUCCCCGAGCAGCUCGCCGCCCACCUCGGUGCUGGGCCUGGGAGGCCUACGCAUCAGUUCUGACUGCUCGGACGGGGAGUCAGACCGAGAGCUGCCCAGCAGUGCCACCGAGUCGGAUGGCAGCCCUGUGCCAUCCAGCCAACCGGCCUUCCCCGUCCAGAUCCUACCCUACCUCUACCUCGGCUGCGCCAAGGACUCCACCAACCUGGACGUGCUGGGCAAGUACGGCAUCAAAUACAUCCUCAACGUCACGCCCAACCUGCCCAACGCCUUUGAGCAUGGCGGCGAGUUCACCUACAAGCAGAUCCCCAUCUCCGACCACUGGAGCCAGAACCUCUCCCAGUUCUUCCCCGAGGCCAUCAGCUUCAUUGACGAGGCCCGCUCCAAGAAGUGCGGUGUCCUGGUGCACUGCCUGGCAGGCAUCAGCCGCUCAGUGACGGUCACUGUGGCCUACCUGAUGCAGAAGAUGAACCUGUCUCUCAAUGACGCCUACGACUUUGUCAAGAGAAAAAAGUCCAACAUCUCACCCAACUUCAACUUCAUGGGGCAGCUGCUAGACUUUGAGCGGACGCUGGGGCUGAGCAGCCCAUGUGACAACCGCACCCCCAGCGAGCAGCUGUACUUCUCCACACCCACCAACCACAACCUGUUCCCACUCAACACGCUCGAGUCCACGUGAGCCAGGCGGGUGGGCAAGCGCAUGUCCCUGCAUUGGCCCGGAGAAGCUGGACAGCGCCCGUCCGAGCCGGCAGCGGCACCAAGCUUCCCCGCCACCCUGCAGGCCUUUCUGCAGUGGCUGUGGCUCCCACACCCCCAGCUCCGGGAGUCCCAGGGGCCUCAGCCUUGUCCCAAGGACACUCCUCUCUGCUGACGGCCCAGCCACUUUGGCUGUUUUUUAAAGACACGUCCACGGUCAGAGCUUCCUUUUUACUUUGGCAGGUGAAUCCAAGCUCCCUGGAGCACAGCAAGUGUUCAAGCUCUUCUUAAUUUUUCUUUUUUUAACAUAAAGUGUUAUUUUCAGGCUACAUGCAGCAGUGGAUUGUACAAACCAGUAUUUCCUCCCUGUCUUGAUCCUGCAAGAGAGAGAAGUGUUCUCAGUUUUAUUUCUCUUUCUAUUUCAAAAAGCAACUAUUGGGUUUUUGUUUUUGUUUUUAAUUGGAAAAGACAAACCCCGUGUUGAUCUUGACCAAAUGCGUUUUGCACAUGUGUGAAGCCCCGUUCCUGCCGAACGCCCUUCCUAAAGGGCUGGCUUGCUGCUUUCUCGGUUUCAGACCCGCCCAAGUUGUGCCCACAUCUCCCACCUUGGCCCGGCCCAGUCUGGCACUGCGAGGAGCUGUGACUGGUCAGCUGGACAGGUGGCCUUUGUGUUCUCUGCCCUCCCAGAUGCCCCUCCAUGGUCCCUGCAGACUCCCUGGGACAGGAUAUGGGAGGCCCUGCACUGUCCUGUUGGACGCAAGGCUGCAGGGCCUGUCAUGUGGUAGCGUUAGCCUGCGGGCUCAGCCCUGGCCUGGGGCCUUUCUCUGUACCUACCCACUGCUUCUGUCUCUUCCUCUGUCUGUCUGUAACCGACAGAGGAGGUCCAGUGGCUGGGGACAGCUUGGCAGGGGGCCCAGCCUGCCCCCUGAGCUUCAGUCCCCCACCCCGGCUGCGGCUUCGGCCUAGCUACCACUCCGCCCCUCGCCCCAUGGAAGCCUUCCCUCUGCUGCCAGGAAACUGGCGCCCAUUUCAAUCCCAGGGCAGGAGCAGAGGGGAUGAGGUGGGCAAGUGCAGGGGCUGCGAGCUCUGCCCCCACGUGGCCCCCAGUAUCCACAAAGCAAAGCCACGGAUUCCGUUGUCCUGUUCUGUUCCUUCUCCAGGGCCAGGGGUCUGGGCUGCGUGGGGGCCAGGGGGCAGGGAAGCGGCUGGGCCAGGGUCCCUGAGCGCGCCAGCACUCAGCACGUGAGUGAGGCCACGGAAACUCGGCCCCCACUGCGUCUUACCUCACAGGCGGUUUUCAGGGAUUCUUUAAGGCGGCAGAUUAAAAUCUUAUCAUAGACAAGAAAUCGAGACAAAGCUUCCACGCUGUACAUGGUUCUCCUUCUCUCUCUUUUUUACUUUUAAAAAGAAAAACCCAGAAAGAUGUAUCACGUUUGUGUAAAUGAGGGUAUUUGUAUGCUAAGAGGGUGGUCAGUUUUGCUUUAUGUUCUUAUGAAGGAAAAUUUGUGACCCUACAUAUAUAUACACACACACACACAUAUAUAUAUCCCGAACCAGCAACGGGACUUUGUUUAUAUUGCAAAUAAAUAUUAUUUUUUCUUUAAAA